CAUCUUGAACUCUUCUUUCAAAUUCUUAAUUUAAAUAAGCUGUCUGUCUCAAUAACUGAAUAAAGUAUAGAAAUCCAGCUCCCAUUUGAUGUGAGUUGUUGUGCAUACAUUUUCAACGUUUUCGCAUUCAACCAACAUCUCUACAUUCUAGAAGUAGUAGUUUCCGCAGCGCUUAAUCACCGUCGCAGUCUGUCGCGCUUGCACACGCAUUCUCACGCCAUUUCACCAAGUCUAUGCUGAUUCCGAUGCUGACUACUUAUUUGUGUUUAUAGAAAAGGCAGGGAUUUGGGUGUUAUUAGAUGGUGAAUUUUGGGGUGUCUCAAAUGCCCUAUGCAAAGUUUGGGAGGAUUUUGAUUGUAUGUUUGUGCUUGGCGUCUGUGGCUAUCAUCGCAAACAGCCAAAGGACGCCUCAGGGAGAAGUUAAUGCAUUGCGAUCCAUCAAGAACAGUUUAACUGAUCCCUAUAAAAAUCUUCGCAACUGGAACAAGGGGGAUCCAUGCAAGGCAAAUUGGACUGGUGUUAUCUGCCACAUUUUAACACCUACUGAUGGUUAUCUGCAUAUUACUGAAUUGUUGUUGUUAGAUAAGAAUCUUUCAGGAACUUUAUCUCCAGAGCUCGGCCGUUUCCCUUAUAUGAAGAUACUGGAUUUUAUGUGGAACAAUAUUAGUGGGAUAAUACCAAAGGAGAUAGGCAACAUCGCAUCUUUGGAAUUGCUGCUUCUGAGUGGAAAUCAGUUAAUUGGUUCCUUGCCUGAAGAGCUCGGUAAACUAUCCAACUUGAACAGGAUACAAGUUGACGAGAAUCAAAUAUCGGGACCUAUGCCAUUGUCAUUUUCCAACUUGAGCAAAGCAAAGCACAUCCACAUGAAUAAUAACUCACUCAGUGGACCAAUACCACCGGAGCUAUCUCGACUUCCAGUUCUUGUUCAUUUGUUGCUUGAUAAUAAUAACUUAUCAGGACAUCUGCCCCCAGAAUUGUCUGAACUGACACAUCUGCUAAUACUUCAACUUGACAAUAACAACUUUAGUGGAAGCACAAUACCUUCUUCGUAUGGCAACAUGACACGCCUGUUGAAGUUGAGUUUAAGCAACUGCAGUUUAUAUGGGGAUAUUCCUAAUUGGAGCAAUAUGCUGAAUGUUGCUUACAUAGAUUUGAGCCUGAACCAACUUAAUGGAUCCAUACCAACAGGUGCACUUUCUCGGAAUAUUACAUUCAUUGAUCUCUCCAACAACACUCUCAAUGGAAUUGUUCCUAGAAGUUUUUCUGAGCUUCCUCUUCUACAGAAAUUGUCCCUUGCAAAUAAUUUAUUAAGUGGUUCUGUUCCUUCCAGUAUUUGGCAAAACAGGAUUCUAAAUGCAUCAGAGAGACUCAUACUGGAUUUCACAAACAAUAGGUUUUCAAAUAUUUCAGGGAGUCUUCUCACCGCUCCCAACAUCACCAUUGGGCUCCAGGGAAAUCCACUAUGCUCCAAUAGGACCCUCAUUCAAUUCUGUGGGCCUAAUGAAGAACAUCCAAGCAAUUUAAUAAAUAUCACAAGGGUCGAUGGUUGUUCUCCUCAGUUAUGCAAACCUCCAUAUGAGUAUGCCCCAGCAUCUCCUGGAAUGCCUUGUUUUUGUGCUGCACCGCUUCAUGUUGGAUAUCGCUUGAAGAGCCCAGGGUUUUAUGAUUUUGUUCCCUACCUCAGUGAUUUUCAGGAAGAGCUAAGUAGUGGGCUUGGUUUGAAUAUCCAUCAGCUUGCCAUCAAUUCUGCUAUAUGGCAGAAGGGGCCUCGUCUGAGAAUGUAUCUUAAAAUUUUUCCGCCAUACAGAAAUAAUAGCAUGCAAUUAGUUAACGACAGUGAGGUACUCCGGAUUCGUGACUUGUUUAGUGGAUGGAGGAUCAAAGAUAACCAUGUCUUUGGGCCCUUUGAGUUUCUCAACUUUACACUUUCAGAUGCUUACGCAGAUUUCCUCCCACCUUCAUCAUCUGGCAUAAGCAAGGGAGCACUAGCAGGUAUUAUACUGGGAACUAUAGCUGGAUCAGUCGUUCUAUCUGCAUUUGUCUCGCUUCUUAUCUUGAGAAGACGCAUCCGUAAACAUCAUCAACUAUCAUCGAAACGUCUAUUAUCAAGGAGCUCUAUCAAAAUCGAUGGCGUGAAGGAUUUCACUUACAGUGAAAUGGCACAGGCCACGAAUAAUUUUGAUAGCUCUAGUGUGGUAGGGCAAGGAGGUUACGGAAAGGUUUAUAGAGGUGUUCUUGCUGAUGGAAAAGUUGUUGCUGUAAAGCGUGCUCAAGAGGGAUCACUUCAGGGUGAAAAAGAGUUUCUUACAGAAAUAGAACUACUCUCAAGAUUACAUCAUAGAAACUUGGUGUCCCUGACUGGAUAUUGUGACGACCAAGGUGAACAGAUGCUGGCUUAUGAAUUCGUGCCUAAUGGCACAUUGAGGGAUCAUCUAUCUGGGAAGUUUAAAGCGCCACUGAAUUUUGCUAUGAGAGUAAGAACAGCAUUAGAUGCGGCCAGAGGCAUCCUUUACCUUCACACUGAAGCCAAUCCUCCAAUAUUUCAUCGGGAUAUCAAGUCAAGCAAUAUAUUGAUGGACUCGAAGUAUAGUGCCAAGGUUGCUGAUUUUGGACUGUCAAAGCUGGCCCCAGUGUCUGAAUUCGACGGCAAUGCCCCUGGUCAUGUAUCUACAGUUGUGAAGGGAACCCCGGGAUACCUUGAUCCGGAGUAUUUCCUAACUCACAAGCUAACAGACAAAAGCGACGUUUAUAGCCUUGGGGUAGUAUUUUUGGAGUUGCUAACUGGAAUGCACCCUAUUUACCAUGGGAAAAACAUCGUGAGGGAGGUCAACAUUGCAUAUAACUCUGGCAUUGUAUUCUCUGUGAUCGAUGAACGGAUGGGAUCUUAUCCUUCGGAAUGUGUCCAAAAGUUCGUAAAUCUGGCGCUCAAGUGCUGCAAAGAUGAUCCAGACGAGCGGCCUUCAAUGGCUCAAGUGGUGAGGGAGCUGGAUAACAUAUGGAUGAUGAUGCCAGAUAAAGAUAGCGAGAUAAGUGACUACCCAGCAAAGGAGGUGAUGAGUUACCCUGGAAAGGAGGUGAUGAGUAGUGUAGCCUCUUCAUCUAUUGUGACAACGUCGUAUGGUUCAGAAUAUGUGAGCGGCAGCGACCUGAUCAGUGGUGCCAUUCCUGGAGUUGCACCGAGGUGACAUCUUUUUUAUAUUCUCAUGUGUGUUUUUAUUGAUAAACGAACUGAAAUUUGGAAAGGCCGCGCUAUGAUGGGCUCAAAACCAAGACCUUUGGUUUGGGCACUAACCACUCUACCACUUGUUUAUAUUGUCGUGUUAGUUUGUGGAAUAGGGGGAGAUUAGUAGAUGGAUGCACAUAGUUACCUCCCCUUUCAAUAAUACCAGACCUCAGAUAAUAAUCAGUAUAGCUAUAGGAGUACACUGUACACUCGCAUAGGUAUUAAACUCUUUUAUUUUGCAGUUACUCCCCAUGUAUAUACAAUGGAACUAUGGGGUCUUUUUUGGUUUAUAAAUUACUCCAAUUUGAGGCUGC